AUGGCGGCCGCGUUUGGCGUCGCGUCGUUCGCGACCGCGCUUCACGCGCCCGCUCGCGACCGCGCGUCGCUUAGGCCGGCGUGCGCGGUCGCGCGCCGCCGCCGGAACGUGCUCACGCGCGCGACGAUCGCCGGAGGCGGUCAGAUCACGGACGUGUCGCAGAUCGAGAUCCCGACGGAUCUCAUCGAGAUCCGCGCCUUCGUCCGAUGGGAAGAAGCCGGAAAGCCGGAGGACACGUCGCCGGAGUGGCAAGCGGCCGAGUACGCGCGCGCGAGACUCGACCUCCAGCUCGAAGCCCUGAGCGGCGUCUCCCUGAACGACAUGCGGCGGCGGUACAACCAAGACACGGUUGACGGCGACGACGACCCGAUGUUUCCCGGCGUGGACGCCAACGCCAUCCUCACCGCGGGGAAGAACGUGAACUACGUCGCGAACCCGGAGAACAACGCGGUCGCGGUGAGCGUGGACGAGUGGAACGACGGCGACGGCGACGGCGGAGAGUUUAAUAAGCCGACGAAGACGGUGGAGCCGGAGGUUUGGAUCGAGCCCGAGCCCGAGCCCGUGGGCGUCUACCAGUCGACGCGAGGACCGUCCGACCUGAAGGAGCUGACGUUGUCCCUGCGCGAGCACGGCGACGACCGCGACGACGAGCUCGCGAGCGCGCAGAGCAAGACGUUCAUGACGCGAUGGGCGGGAGAGGGCCCGGGGAAGCGUCUUCCGGAGAAGAUGAUCAACCAACGCGUGUACCCGAUCGGGAAGGACGCCGAGCUUUUGGUGCAGAUGUAUCAAGUCGAGCGGAGCGACGAGGAGGCGAUGUCGGGCGCGCGGAGCAAGGUGGCGCGGCGGCGCGUCGUGUUCACCACGGACGCGACCGAGGAUUUUGUGCUUCACUGGGGCGUCGCGCGCGACGAGCCCGGGCAGUGGCUCCUGCCUCCGAAGGCACUGUGGCCGGAGGGGACGGAGAUCGUCUCGGAGAUUUCCGUGGAGACGCCGCUGCUUCAGACCGAGGGGUGCCUUCCGGUGCAGGGCGUCGACGGCAACGAGGACGACGACGCGUGCUACCCGAUCCAAACGAUGACGAUCGACCUCCCGGGCGAAGGCCCGCUCGAACUCAUGGGGAUGCAGUUUGUGAUUCGAAACGCGGACGGGACGAGCUGGUACAAGGACGAGUUCAACGGCAACUCCAACUUCCGCGCGAAUUACGCGCAGGCGCGAGAGCAAGCGGUCACGGACGAGAUGCUGGACACGAUCAUCCGCGCGGAGGCGGGGAACGGGUGGUGGACGCUCAUGCACCGGUUCAACCUCGCGUCGAGCCUCAUCGAGCAGAAGUGCGGCGCGCACAGUUCGUUAGAGACGGACGGGAAGAAGACGCGACGCGCGGAGAUCGCGGCGGCGGCGAAAAUUUACGUCUGGCUCCGGUACUCGUCGCAACGGAAGCUGACGUGGCAGAGGAACUACAACGUGAAACCGCGCGAGCUCUCCGCGGCGCAGUCGAAGCUGACGCGGACGAUCACGGACGUGUAUCGCUCGUCCCCGCACCUGCGCGACAUCGCGCGCUUGAUGCUCGGCACCGUCGGCCGCGGCGGCGAAGGCGGGCAGGGGCAGCAAAUCAGAGACGAGAUCUUGAACAUCAUGCACCGGAACAACAUCGGCGAGAGGAAGGGCGUGUGGAUGGAGGAGUGGCACCAGAAGCUGCACAACAACACGACCCCGGACGACAUCGUCAUCUGCGAGGCGUACCUCGCCUUUUUAAAGUCGGACAUGGACGUGAGCGAGUACUGGCGCGUGUUGAGCGAAAACGGCGUCACGCGCGAGCGACUCGAGUCGUUCGAACGCCCGAUCAAGGUCGAGCCGACGCCGCGACCGCACAUCAAGGUGGCGCUCAUCAAAGACUUCACAAACUACCUCGCAAUCUUAAAGUCCGUGCACAGCGGCGCGGACCUCGUCGAGUGCUUGAAGGCGGCGUCGAGGAAAGGCCUCGCGGUGUCUCACGCCAUGAAUUACGUGCGGGUCGCGCAAAACGGCGGCGGCGACGCGCUGCAGCUCCUCGCCGCGUGCGUGGACGCGCGCCACGAGAUCCGCGACGCCGGUCUGGCGAACCCGAACGCCGCGGACGAGGGCCUCGUCCGCGAGCUGAUGUACUUGGACCUCGCCGUGGACGACGUCUCGCGCCGCGCGGUGGAACGCGCGGGCGAGGCCGACUAUGGCCUCGACGAGCAGAUGUAUCUCGCCGAGCUCGUCGGGGAGAAUCUCGCGCUGUCGCUGCCGUCCACGAACGAGGACGUCGUCCUCGCGCUGACGGAGUGGCGGCGCGUCCGCGAGGCGAAAACGGCCGGCGACGCGACGUGGGCGUUGCGAGCGAAAGCGGUCGUCGAUCGCGUGCGUUUGUCCGUGUCGUUGCACGCGGACGCCGUGGCGAACGACAUGCAGCCGGCGGCGAACGAGAUUGGCCGCGCGUGCGGGAUCGAAUCCUGGUCCGUGGAUUUGUUCGCGGAGGAGGUGAUCCGCGGCGGGCCCGCGUUCGCGCUGUCGCUCGUGUUGUCGAGGCUCGACCCGGCGCUUCGCGCGGAGGCGGACAUGGGCGCGUGGCAGAUCAUCUCCCCCGACCCCGCGAUUGGUUUCGUGAAGAGAGUCGACGCGUUGGCGUCGGUGAUGAACGAUACUUUCGACCGACCGACCAUCUUGAUCGCGGACAAGGUGGGCGGCGACGAGGAGAUCCCCGCGGGCGCGGUCGCGGUCCUCACCACGUGCAGCGUAGACGUCCUGUCGCACAGCGCCGUGCGAGCGAGGAACGGCGGCGUGUUGUUCGCGACGUGCUACGACGAGAUUCUUCUCGAGAAUUUGUCUCAACACGUCGGCGACGCGAUGAAAGUCAGCGUCGGCAAGGGCGAGCAGAUCGUCUGGGAGGAAGUCGACGCGAGCGCCGUGGACGCGGCCGCCGCGAACGGCGCCGCCGGCGCCGAAUCGAGGAACCACAUCGAGGGCGGCCUUCGAUUGGAUAACAUCCCCUUCUGCGGCAAGUACACGGUGCCUCUCUCGGAGUUCAAACAGGGCGUCGUCGGCGCCAAGGCGAGGAACACGCGCGCGCUGAACGAGUCCUUGGGCGGCGGGAAGAUCCCGAAGUGGAUCAGGCUCCCGAAGAGCAUGGUCGUGCCGUUCGGGACGCUGGAGCACAUCCUCAAGGACCCGAUCAACGCGUCGGUCGCGCGGGAGUUGAUGAACCUCGAAGCCGCCGUGGACGACUCCUCCGAGGAGUCGCUCGCGACGACGCUGAAGAACUGCCGCGCGUGCGUGCGCACCGUCCAACCCCCUAAAGGGAUGAUCGAGGAGAUCUCCACCGCGAUGGCCGCGGCCGGGAUCGACCCGCCCGAGGACGAGGACCGGUGGGACCUCGCGUGGAGGGCGCUCUGCGACGUGUGGGCGUCCAAGUGGAACGAUCGCGCCUUCGUCUCGCUCCGCAACCACGGCAUCGACCACGCGGACCUCCGCAUGUCCGUGCUCGUGCAGCCGGUCGUGGACGCGGACUACGCGUUCGUGAUUCACACGGCGAACCCGUCGUCGAACGACGCGACGGAGUUGUACGCGGAGGUUGUCGUCGGGUUGGGCGAGGUGCUCGUGGGGAACUACCCGGGCCGCGCGUUGUCGUUUAGCGUCAAAAAAGCCACCGCCGCGGAGGCGGCGACGGGGACCAAGUACCUCGCCGACGGCGCGACGCCCAAGGUGUUGGGGUACCCGUCCAAGAACGUGCUGCUCAAGAUACCGCGGCCGACGAUCAUCUUCAGGUCGGACAGCAACGGCGAGGACCUGGAAGGGUACGCCGGCGCCGGGUUAUACGAGUCCGUGCCCAUGGAUAAGGAGAGCACGCUGCACGCGGAUUACUCCGGCGACGCGCUCGUGUGGGACGCGGAGACGCAGCGGAAGGUGCUGACGAAGAUCGCGGAGGCUGGCGUCGCGAUCGAGGCUGCGCUCGGGGGCGUCGCGCAGGACAUCGAGGGCGUCGUGAAGGAUGGCGAGAUUUACGUCGUCCAGACGCGGCCGCAGGUGUGA